AUGAUUGAUUGGAAAAUUUUCAAAAUUCGAGUUAAAGUGAUACACAAUUGGCAAACCAAUAUGACACACAUUUUGAGGUAUGGGCCGAGGCAAAGGAAGUUUUUACAUAGGUUAUCUCGUAAUUACUCAUCAUACAGUAUAAGUGUCAACGAUUCUCUAACUCAAGUUCAAGACACCCUAGAGUCACAUUCAUCUACAACAAAGACCAUUGAUAAAACUACUCAUUCCAAAAUACCGUCCAAGAGCUUAACCGAGUCGUAUGAGCUAGGCUCCGUGUUUGCAUCCAAUGUACAGCAAACUAGAGAAUCUCAAAUCAAGAAUGAGUUGAUCAUAUUGAGUGAACAAAAAAAUUACAAGAAAUUGGUUAAUGUGCUAGAGACGUGGUCUAUGCAUGACAUAGAUGGCAUGGUUAAAACAUUGGGUAGGGAGUUGAUUGCACACUAUUUGAAUUUGAUAAUUAAAGAAAAUAGGAAACGAUACGUUGAUAAAUUUUCACUUUCGCCCAUACAAAAAUCGAAGAAAUUAAUGAAGAUAGUCCAAAAGCUAACUGACUCGAGAGAUGUCAUAAUUGAAGAUCAUUUAACAGAAGAGAUCAGAAACGUUUAUCGAAAUUUGAUAUACGCUAGUCGAAAUGAACAUUUUUACAACAAGGACAAGUGGCAUGACAUAUACAGUGGGAGUAAUUUAACCGGGUAUAAGCUUACACCUAGUGAUUUUGAAAACUUAAUGCAACUUGAAUUGGGAAAUUAUAAACUUGAUUUGGCUUCGAGAUGGUUUCACAUUUUCCGCAAGCAGCAUGGAGAUCAAUGGAGACAGCAAAUGACACCGAGAUUAUGGACAUUGGCUUUCAAAAUUGAUGGUAUGGGAGAUAACAAGUGGUGGAUAAUCAAAGGAACGGAAUUAUCUAGUCAUCACAAGAAUCCACUCAGGAGUCGAUUCAAACCUGGUAUGAAAAUGGACUUGAUGGAUGUGCAAUAUGAUCUACAUGAUCUUGACUUGGAGUUCCAUGCAGCCGUCAUUCAAUCACUUGCUCAUGCUGGUAGACUCAACGAUUUGAAAUCCUACGUACUGAAGAUUUGGGGCCUUGACCAAAACGGAAAUUUGAAUUCAUCUACAGCAAAGAUUAGUCGUGAAAGUCACUUGUAUCCAAAUGCAGAUCUCCUUACGGCGUUGUUUGUGUCAUUGGCAUACAAUGGUGAGUUUUUCUCGGGUAUAAAGUACAUCAAUGCAUUUCAACUUGCAUAUGACCAAAUCGAUAGUAUAAAUGGCAACCAUAAGGCAUUUUGGGAACAAGUAUUCAAAUGGGCCAAUAUAUCCACCAUGUUUGAGGAAUCUCAAGCACUAAAGUAUUUCUUGACCAAGAGUAAUUACUCCAGAGGAACCAAUGUGAAUUUGAAGGAUGCUCAAAAUGAUGCUAGUUUUGAUUAUGAAGGGUACUUGCAGUUUAUUGAGAGUUUGAAAUCUGAAAGGGUGAAAACAUUCGAUCAAUUGUGGAGAAUUGUGCAGAAUGAAGAAGAACUAUUGCCAUUCUCCAACACCAUAUACAAGACCUAUUUAGAUGUUUUGAAAGAGGAGUUAGUGGAACAAAAGUUGUUUGAAUAUUUGUCAUGUCUUUUGAAAGAAUACAUGAGAUACAACAUCAGGCCAGAUUCAUUUACUAAACGUUCAGAAUUGGGGUUCUAUCCUACUAAUGAAAAAAGCAUGUCAAUAAAGGUGUUGUAUACAGAAGCCAUGAAAUCGCUAAUUGAUAUAAAAGGAACUACGACACACCUAGGUCAGAUCCAACCCUUGAUUGAAAAAUGGAGUAUUGAUGAAUCUAUGAAGAAGGAGUUAUUGGCGUGGGCUGUUGGAAAGAUGACAACUUAUCGGAAGGAUUUGGAGGCCAAACGUGAAGAGUUUAUGAACAAUUUAACUCAAGAUGAUGAGUCGUUGUUAGAGCUUAUGUAA